AUGAACGUGUUAUUGAUCUUCAUUGGAAUCGCCAUGGCUAAUUAUUCAAUUUUCUGUUAUCUUCUUAAAAUCGAACUCACACCUCCAAAAUACACCAAAGCUUUGGCUGUAAAUGGUUGCUAUUCAUAUUUAUUCAAUUCAGGCUUCCGCUAUCUCCAAAUUUCAUUAAUAGCGGUCCAUUUUUACCAAAUAGGUCUUUUCUUCCUCAUUCCGUUUUGUCAUUCACAUUAUUUCAAACAUGUUAUAUUAGAAAUUCCAAUUUAUAUCAUUUAUUUAGUGAACACAUAUACUCUCAGAAAAUACAAGUUUAAGAAGAUAUAUAAAGCGAAUUCACGCAUAGAAACAAAGAUUUUCCAACAGCUUUUAUCUAAAAUAGAGCAAUGCAAGGAAUUAUUGAAACACAAUAAAUACUGUCCAGAAUGUGAAGAAGAAUGCAAAGAUCUCACAAAGCAACUUCUUGAUAAUUUUGUCUACAAAACAACAUUGAAUGCAUUUCUUAAGAAAGAACUCGAUGCCAUUCAUUCUAAGAAUAUAUCACUUUCAAAGAAAUAA